UGCAUUUUGAGUACUAGUCACAGAGCAUAGGGCGAGUUUGUGUCAAUUUCGCAUAUUAAAUACAUCUAUUUAUUGCUCUACUACAAAGAUAUGCGGGGACCAGUGCGUUGGGUAUUAUGGGAUGUGAAGGACACGUUGUUAAAGGUCCGUCGCUCUGUAGGGGAGCAGUAUUGUGCCGAGGCAGAAAGAGUCGGGGUGAAAUUGCCGGUAGCAGAUGUAGAAACCGCAUUCACACAGGCUUAUAGACAGCGAUCGCAACUCUUUCCUAACUACGGCAGAGCUCAGGGAAUGGGCAGUCAGAGGUGGUGGACUGGACAAGUGAAGGACACUUUUGUCCAGUGUGGGGUCAAUGACUCAGCUGUGUUGGAUAGACUGGCCAGCAACCUCUAUCAAAACUUCUGCGGAGCAGAAAACUGGGAGGUAUUUUCUGAUUCUAAUGGCACCCUGAAGAUCUGCAGCGCCUUGGGAUUAAAGCAAGGAGUCGUCUCUAACUUUGACAAGCGUUUGGAAAACAUCCUGAAGGAAUGUGGUCUCCUCACUCACUUCUCAUUUCUUCUGACAUCAGAGGAAGCUGGGGUGGCUAAGCCUGACCCUGACAUUUUCAGGCAGGCUUUGGUGCGGUGUGGCAUGUCAGCCUCCAGUGUAGCUCAUGUGGGGGACCACUAUGUGAAUGACUACUUGACCUCACGCUCACUGGGUAUUCAAGGUUUUCUGCUCGACAGACAAAAUAGGCUUGGACACCUUGAUAUCCCCCCUCAGCAUAGACUACAGAGCCUAGAAGAAUUACCAGCUCGUCUACAACAAGAAAUCAGCUGAAAAUACUCAAAUUUUACAAGCAAAUGACUAAAUAAUGUGUCAUAUCAUUGUGGGCCAUUAAUCAAACAAUAUUUGGAAAUGGUCAUUUCGUUUGCGUAUCCUGGAUGUUGUAAUAUUAAAAAUGCGUAACCCUUUUCAACGUAACUACAUAUUACGUGAAGUCAUGAAUGUGCAUCGCAGAACAGAGCAAGGCAAGCAUUUGUGUUUAUGAAGCAUAAACAUGUUUUGUUGUUGUUGAAAAUGACUGAUCGUUUCGCUAGAUAAGACCCUUACUCAUCAUCUGGUAUCAUUUAAAGCUGCUCUAAAACUGUAAUUUUGACCUUUAACUGUUUGGAAUCCAUUGAAGUCCACUAUAUGGAGAAGAAUCCUGGAAUGUUUUCAUUCACCUUAAUGUUUUUUUGUCUAAAGAAACAAAUACAUAAACACCUUUGAUGACAUGGGGGUGAGUAAAUUAUCAUUCAAAUUCAUUUUGAAAAUGAACUACUUUAAGUCAGCGGAUAAACAAAAUCGAGCAAACGUUUAACCUGCUGAAUAAAAUACAAUCUUCAGCAACAUUCUGCUUAGACCUGGCAACCUCGAUGGUGGUUAUUUUCUAUGA